AUGGGCUCUCUCGUUUCAACAAUGGGUUCCAAAUCCUCAAAGAGCUCAAAGGCCACCAACCCCGAGGGCGAGCCGCGGUACUGGUUCCGCGACAACUUCUUCCUCACAAACGACAAGAAAUAUCUCGAGCCCCAGGCCGUCAACGCCGUCUUUGAAUCAGACCUCAUGUGGUGGAACGAUCCCCUGCCGGAGCAACAGAUGCGCAAGAUGCUGUCCAAUUGCAUGACGAUGAGCAUAUACCACGUACCCGAGUCGGAGAAACAGAUGCAGAACAAUGGAGCUCCGCGGAGACCAUACGGCUCCAACGUCAAACUGGUCGGCCUCGCCCGUGUCGUAACCGACUACGUCACAUUCGCCUACCUCACCGACGUCUUCAUCAUCGAGGAGUUCCAGCGACGCGGCCUCGCCAGCUGGAUGAUGCAGGGCCUCAAGGAAAUCGUCGACGAGUGGCCCAACCUGCGCGGCCUCGUCCUCAUGACGCACGACCAAUCCGCCGCGAAGAUGUACCAGCGCGAGCUGAAGGCCCUCGACUGGGACCAAGGCCCUUCCGCUGGCUUGGUGCUGUUGGAGAUGCCCGGCGGGGGGGUCAAGGAUAUCCCAGAGGAUCACAAAUGA